AUGACUCUCCCAUCGCUCGACACGCCCCUCCCGUCCCCCAAGACGCUGUUCACCAACGCGCGCCUCGUCGGCUGGCCGGCGGGGUCGUACUCUGUACUCGUUGAGAAUGGUGCUGUUACCCAGGCGUCCAGCACGCCCAUUGACGCCGGCGACGCGACAGUCGUCGACCUCGCUGGGCUAUGGCUCGCGCCGUCCCUCGUCGACUGGCACACGCACUGGACGAAGAACCUGAUCGGUAUCCGGCGCUACUCGCUUGCAGACCUCAAAUCCGCCGCGGCCGUCCUUGACGCCGUGCGCGCGCGGCUCAACGACCCAGACUACGACGAGGACGGGUUCUUCGUGGCUGUCAACAUGCGUUCCGGCGAGUGGCCCGACACGCCCGCUCUCAACCGCCUCGCGCUCGACGCCAUCUCGACCUCCAAGCCCAUCUGCCUCAACUUCAACGGGCACCACAGCUACGUGUGCAACACGCUCGGGCUGGCGUUUGUCGGCUUCACGCCCGAGACGCACCCCGACGGCAUCCUGUACGAGACGGACGCGUUCAAGCUCAGCGUCGCGCUCACGUCGCGCCCGGACGCCGACCUCCUCGACACGUGGAGCGACGAGAUGGGACGCCACGCCGCCUCGCUUGGCGUCACGGAGAUUGUCGACCUCGAGAUGGCCUUCAACGACAUUCACUGGCAGCGGCGGUUCGCGAAGGGCUUCAGGGGGCUCCGCGUCCACACAGGCAUCUACCCGCAGCACCUCGACCGCGCGCUCGAGAAGGGCUUCAAGACGGGCGACGUCGUGCCCGGGACGCACGGGCAGGUAACCAUCGGGCCGUUCAAGCUCGUGACCGAUGGCUCCCUCGGCUCGGCGACAGCGUACUGCAAGGACCCGUACCCAAACAGCUGCAACCACGGGCUGCUGACGCACGGGCCGGACGAGAUUGACGCGCUGUGUCUCCGUGCGACGCGCGGCAAGCUGCGCCUGGCGGUCCACGCGAUCGGCGACGAGGCGCUGCGGUGCACGCUUGACGCGCUCGAGUCGCACAAAAGCGCAGGGUAUCCCCCGCUCGCGGGCUCCACGAUCGAGCACGCGCAGCUGGUCGACGCGCCUGAAAUCCCGCGGUUCAAAGAGCUUGGGCUCGUCGCGUCCGUCCAGCCGCGCCACCUCGUCGACGACGCCGAGCUCGCCCACUGCCAUUGGCCCGGGCGCGAGGACAGGGCAUACGCUUUCAAGACGCUGCACGACGCCGGUAUCCCGCUGCGCAUGGGGAGCGACUGCCCCAUUGCGCCUCUGCAGCCAUGGGAGGCGAUCGCGUGCGCCAUUGCGCGGUCGGGCGGGGACGAUGAGGCGGUCUUCGAGCCUCAGGAGAUUAUCGACGUCGAGACAGCCUGGAAGGCGAGUACUUCCAACUGCCGCGCAGGCAUCGACGUCGGCGGCCGCGCGGACCUCGUCGUUAUCGACAAGGACCCGCUGACGCUGGACGCGGAGGGUAUCCGCCGCGUCAAGGUGCUCGGGACUUUGCUCGGCGGUAAUUGGACCCACAAGGCCAAGGGGUUCGCAGCGUAG